AUGGACGCGCUGUGGGGUGACAGCCUUUUCCCGUCCUCCAGUGGCUCUGCUGCGGUGGAGGAAGAUGUGUUCGAUCCGUUCUAUGAAGCGCAGGAGAAUCACAACCUGAUCGGCGUGGCAAACGUCUUCCUGGAGUGUCUGUUUCAUGACGUGAAGCUGCAGUACGCCGUUCCCAUCAUCAGCCAGCAGGGGGAGGUGGCAGGUCGCCUGCAGGUGGAGCUGCUGCGGGUGAGCGGCGUCGUUCCCGAGCGUCUGGCCGGAGGAGACGAUUCCUCCGAGAACUCCAGCCAGAGCAGCGGAUACGAGGUCAUGGACAACAACGGAGAGAUCGUCCACAUGGCCAGAAAACUCACCUGCAGGGUGCGGAUCAGAGAGGCGUCUGGUCUUCCUCUAAACCUCUCCAACUUCGUCUUCUGUCAGUACACCUUCUGGGAACAAUCAGAGCCCGCUGUGGCUCCGCCCAUUGUCAGCCCGGACACGCCCCCCUCACAGAAGGCCGACGCCCACUUCACUGUGCGCUUUGAUCACUGCAGGGAUUUCCUGGUGCAUGUGACCGAGGAGUUUCUGGAGUUCAUCUCAGACGGCGCUCUGGCCAUCGAGGUCUGGGGUCACCGCUACGCUGGGAACGGCCGGUCUGUGCUGGAGCCGGAUGCACUACAGGCCAAGAGACGGACGCUCAGAGACAGGUGGAGUGAAGUGUCGCGUCAGAUCGAGUUGUGGGUCUCCAUACAGGAGCUGAACGAACAGGGCGAGUAUUCGUCUGUAGAGCUUCAUCCCAGCAGAGACGACAGCACUGGAGGAGUGUUUCAGCUGCGCCAGGGUCACUCGCGAAGGCUGCAGGUGAGCGUCCUGCCGGUCCAGCACUCGGGGACGCUUCCGCUGCUGGUGGAGGCCAUGCUCUCCGUCUCCAUCGGCUGCGUUUCCGCUCGAUCCACCAAACUACAGAGACCUCUAGACAGCUAUCAGAGGGAGGAAGACACCGAUAUGGAUAGUUAUCAGGAGGAGGAUCUGAACUGUGUCCGGGAGCGCUGGUCUGAAGCCCUCAUCAAGCGCAGGGAGUAUCUGGAGGAGCAGAUCAAGAAGAUCAUCAAUAAGUCAGAGAAGUGCGAGGAGGACGUGGAGCGGGAGGCUCGGCUGGUGGAGCAGUGGGUGGGUCUGACGGAGGAGAGGAACGCCGUGCUGGUUCCGGCCCCUGGCAGCGGGCUCCCGGGGGCCCCGGCGCACUGGGUUCCCCCUGCUGGCAUGGAGGCUCAUAUUCCCGUGCUGUUCCUGGAUCUGAAUGCUGAUAACCUGACGGUGAGCGAUCAGCUGACCGGUCCUCACGCUGCCGGUGUUAACUCAAUCCUCCCCAAAGAGCACGGCAGCCCGUUCUUCUACCUGCCCAUCAUCAGACACAGCCAUGACGAGGUGUCAGCUGUGUGUUCCUGGGAUUCCUCCAUCCACGACUCCAUCCAUCUGAACCGGAUCACGGCCCCCAGCGAGCGGAUCUACCUGAUCGUGAAAGCCACGGUUCAGCUCAGUCACCCGGCGUCUGUGGAGCUGGUGCUGCGCAAGAGGAUCGCCGUCAACAUCUACAACAAACAGAGUUUCACUCAGAGUCUGAAGAGACGGAUGUCUUUGAAGAACGUUCUGUACUCCUGUGGAGUGACGUAUGAGAUCGUGUCCAACAUACCAAAGGCGUCUGAGGAGCCGGAGGAGCGUGAGACUCUGGCCUUGAUGGCGGCGCGAGGAGAGAGUGAGGAGACGCUCGAUGGAGAGACAUACAUAGAGAAAUACACCAGAGGAGUGCUGGAGGUGGACAAUAUUCUGUGUCUGGAGAGACUGCGGCAGGCCGUGACGGUAAAGGAAGCUCUCUCCGCUAAAGGCAGACACAUACGGCGCAGUCUCAGCACGCCCAACGUCCAGCACAGCUCUUGUUGUAAACCGGAUGGGUCCGGAUGUGAGGAUGAGGAUGUGAAGACUCACUGCGAUGGUCACACAGACGUCACCGAAUCCAACUUACAUGAAGGUUCACUCAACAGUCCUCUGUCAAAAGACACGCCUGUCAAAAACAAAGAGAAUCACGGAUCGGUGCCAGAGAGUCCAACAUUCUUCAACUCCAGUCCGUUUAAGGUUCUGUCUCCUCAACCGCCCAAGUUCCUCAAAUCUCUCUUGCCAGUGAAGGAGGAGAACAAAGUCAAGCGUUCUCUGGAGUCACGGCCUUUGCUGGGACAGGAGAGCAUGCGUUGGUUUGCGGCCCCUGGUGGCCCCUGGUCCAGACCCAGGGCUCAGAGUGAGGGCUGUGGUGAUAUCAUCAGCAGCUCGGCCAAUCACAGACAGCCCAGACUGAGCACUGAUCUCACUCACACACAGCCGCACGCUGCUGAUUCAGAGGAGGAGGAUCCUUACAUGGAUUCAGCCUUCACCCGUUCCAGCGACCCAGGCCUUGGGUCUCUGGAGCUCCAAAACUUGAAGCCUUACAUCCCUGAGGAUUUUGCCAACUUUGAGGUGUACAACGCCAGCCUUGAGACCCAAGAGGGAGCUAUGUGUGUGCAGGGAGAGAUGGCACCUGGGAUCGGGGUGUUAACAGGGACACGGGCUGCGGAAAAAGAAGUGUCCCGUAGUCCCACAGCCAGCACAUGCACAAGCGGAUACUUCUCUCAUAGUGCCUCGAACGCCACGCUGUCCGACGUGCUCUUCAGCGGCAGCGAUAGUUGCGAUCAGCUCAACAUUAAAGAACCUCCAGACCCUCAGGAAGCAUCACACGGAAGAGGGUUGCAUCCUUCCAGAAGUGCCUCGGGAUCCUGUCCAGCCCAGACCAUUCCUGCUCAGCCCUGUUCUCGUCACUGUACCAACCUGAACUGUUCCCCUCGGCUUCCCCGUAAGUGUAUCCUGAGCAUCAGUCAAGAAUUCACAGACUUUAAGGGUGCAGAUGAUGGUGUAGGGGAAGAAGACCAUGGUAACAUUGCAUGGAAGGCAGAAUCGAUUCCCACAGACUUCAAGGGUGUAGAUGAUGGCGUAGGAGAAGAAGACCUUGGUAACACCAGAUGGAAGGUGGAAUCAAUGUCUCCGGACCUUAAGGGUGUAGAUCAUGGCAUAAGAGAUAACCUUGGUAGCAUCGAAUGGAAGGCAGACUCCAUUCCCCAAGCAAAAACCCAAGGCAUGGAUCCCCCACCCCAGUUCCAUCUCCACAAUGGGAAAGAGUCUCCCAGUAUCCCAGUACCUCAUGUCAAGCCACAGCUUGAAGCAGCUCAAGGACUUGAGUCCUUUGAGGAUGCAGAACCUUUGGCAGACUCUAGUGAGGACGAGAACGGACCAGUUGCUCAGUUGCCAGACUGGAUGGCCCCCGGUGAGCAAGUUUGGGUGGGCAAACAGAGUGGGACGGUGCAUUACGUUGGAGGGGUAGAAUUUGCCAAAGGCAUCUGGGUUGGAGUAGAGCUGGACCUUGCUGUAGGCAAGCACAACGGUACGGUCCAAGGAAGGGUGUACUUCCGAUGUGCCACAGGUCAUGGCGUCUUCGUGAAGCCCUCCUGUUUGACUCGAGGGCCUCCGUCCAUAGACACCGAACCUCAACCUGUAGGAGCAGGACAGUGACCCAAUAGUUGGUAGAUAAUCUCUUCGACACUAGCAGCAGCCACCUCCUGGACAAACCAAGUGCUAACAGAAUCCAUCCUUCUGAUUCGUUAUGGAUUUGUUGGUUGCCCUGAUUCCAUGGCAAUAAACCCUACCUUUAUGUCUUGUUGAAAUUAUAUCAUCUUUGAAUGUCGAGAGUUGCACAGUUGCACAAACUUGUUUUAUAUAUCAUGUAUAGCUGUAAUACUAACAUCCUUCUUGGUUACUUGGUUACCACUUCUUAUAUGACUAAAUGUAUUAAUCGAACAUUGCCUAACACUACUUUGAGUGAGUUUGAGAUUUGGAUGUGUGUUCUAGGUAAGAAUGUACUACUGUUUAUGACCUUUUUGUUUGCGUGAUUUUAUCAGGUAUUACCAAAGACAUAGCCUUUCAAAUCUGCUGUGCAAACUUAUUACGUAGAUUACUUUGGCAGUGUGUUUCAUGCUUGUGUUUUAUGUAUAUGUGUUCGACUGAUUUAUGCUAAGUGCCAUAUUUCUGGUUGAAAGGCCACAUGCCCAUCAGAACUUCAAAAUUGUGGUCAAUUUUUUUUUUUAGAUUUAAUGGUAUUUUGAUUGGAAGGCAAUCCAGUUGCUCGUACUCUGUUGCGUUACUGGUUUGUUGAGUUCUGUAACUGUUGAAGGACUGCCAAUAUUUCUAUAAACAGAACUGUCUGAACGCUUGCACUGGAGUAACUUAUCCUGGAUGCACAUUAAGUUACGUAAUGCACAGAUUUUACGCAUUCUCAGAUACUGAUUCGACGCUUCUCAGGAGGUUGACGGAAGUGAGGUCACCUAAUGUGGAGAGCACCUUGUUUUCUUUAUCAGACCCUUGCCGGUAGGGAGUGUUAUUGCAAAACGCAGAUAACCCGGUCUGCUUCGUAUCGGCUAUAGACCAGAAAUGCCCUAAAGUACUGACACAAGCCCUGUUCAUGAACAGGGUCUUCUUAGAUAAUCGACUUCUAGGUUCACCUGCCUAAUAAUGAAGCUUUCGAGCAUUUAAAUCCAUUUGUGUUUGACCAUUGAGUAAGAUUUUAUUAGUUUGUGAUACUAAAGCCAAUAUUAAUGUUUUUUAUAGCUAUAAAUGGGAGAUGGGCAAUAUCGGGGAAAUUGGGACAUAGCCUGAAUAAUGCUAGUAUGUUUAGUGCCAUGACCAGUGCUGUUAUUAUUGCUCUGUUUUACCUGAAGAACUGUGGAUCUCAUAAGAAAUGAAUACUAUUGCUGUCAAUGGAGGUAUAAUGAAAACCCAAGACCUUACUUAAAAGAAAACAGCUGCUCUCCUUGACAAGGAGCUGUACAUAAAAUGUAUGAACAUAGUAUUUACAAUAUUAUAAAAUGUACAGAAUUGUAUUUAUAUUGUAUCUCUGCAGAUGUUGGUACAAAGAUGUUGUAGAAUACAGAAAGUUUACAAACA